AUGAAUAGACCAGCCCGUCUACAAGUUGAUCCAGAUUCUAUUCCAGAUGAUGAUAAGCCUCCUCAAACAGGAACUUCAUUUAAUAUAUGGUUUUUAAAAUGGUCAGGAGGUGAUUCAUCAAAACGAAAUCAUAUUCAACUGAAAUUUAAAGUUAAUAUAAAGAAAGAUACAGGGUAUACUUUGGCAAAAAUAGGGAGUCCUAUUUGUUUAUUCUUUUCUCGUGGUUGUUGUUAUCGUGGUAAGAAAUGUCCUUAUUUUCAUCGUAUACCGACGGAAUUAGAUUCUUAUAUUUCAACUCAAGAUUGUUUUGGUAGAGAUAAAACGGCAGAUUAUAGAGAAGAUAUGGAUGGUGUAGGAUCAUUUAAUAAAGUUAAUCGAACAUUAUAUGUUGGUGGAUUACAUAUGAAAGAUGAUAUGGAAAAUCGAAUUACAAAGAAUUUCCAACAAUUUGGAGAUAUUGAAAAGAUUAGAGUUCUCUAUAAUAAAUCAUGUGCAUUUAUUACCUUCAAAUUAGAAUCAACUGCACAAUUUGUUAAAGAAGCAAUGAAUAAUCAAGCUUUAGAUAAUGGAAAUGAAGUUUUGUAUAUUAGAUGGGCAAAUGAAGAUCCUAAUCCUCAUGCUCAAAGAGAAGAAAAAAGGAGACUUGAAGAAAUUGCUAUUAACACAGUCAAGAAUCUCUUACAAUCAGUUGAAGAAAACGAAAAAAAGAGAAGAAAAGUUGAAAUUGAGGAUACGGUUAAAGAUUCGUCACAUAUUGUGGUUGAAGAACCUGAUGAACAGGAUGUAAAUGAUGAAUUAGAAUCAAAACAGAAAGCUAUCGAAGCAGCACCUCAAAACAAACUAACUUUCAAUGCUUCGACAUUGAAAACCUUAUCUCAAAUAAGAGCUAAACAAUUUCAAAGAGAAAAGCUAAAUAAGCUUACUACUUUUGUUGGUGGAUACACCAGUGAUGACAAUUAA